UUUUUCAAUGGCCGAUACCUGAUACCCGUUAUUACUAUUCUGUUAGCGUCGCUGAUCGUAUUCGGAAUUGAUAUUUAUCAAUCUUACAUCAUUUACACAUCAGCUGCUCAUCGUGUUUCGAAUGAUACGACAAAACGAUAUUUAAGAGGUUAGCUAAAUUUUACGAUUGACUUUUCUUUGCUAAAAUACGAGAAUAACUUGACGAAAUAUUUGGUUAUUAGUGGAUUUUAAGGUUCAGACUUUAUAGAUUAUGUCAAUCGAUUAUUUCUCAAGGUAUAUUAAAAUAAAAACCACGCACAAGAGAUGGCAAAGCAACGCAAAAACGUAGGGGUUACUGCGAAAAUUACGGAACCGUUGUUGCCGGUAUCAAAUUCAACGCCCUCGCAACAGACCGUGUCCGUGACCGUGUCAAUGUCCGUGUCUUCGUCUUCCGUUCCUGCUCAAUCGAAACAAUUUUCCACAAAUGGCAAUUAAGGAAGUUUUUUGUACUUUAGACGAGUUUAAUACAGAAUUCCCGGCAGAUUCCAUUGAGUGGUGUCCUGCAGAAUCGUUUCAAGAUCUACUGGUGUGUGGAACAUACAAAUUAAUUGAGAAUAAAGAAAGUGCAAAAGAUGAAAAGUGUAAACGGACAGGACGAAUUUAUUUGCUCCGCGUGGCGGAUGGUGGAAAAUUACAAGUAUUGCAACAAAUAGACACUUUAGGUGUGUUAGAUAUGAAGUGGAUAUAUAUCACGAAUAGCGAAAAUAAUCAAAUAUUGCUCGCUGUUGCUGACUCCAAUGGAUAUCUGCAAAUCUACGAAUUAGAAAAAAAGGAAAACAAAACAAUAUUGCAAUUAAUUGCUGAAGAAAGAAUCAGUGAUGAUAACGAAGAUGUCAUGGCAUUAUCUUUGGAUUGGUCCACUGGAGGUGUUUCUUCUCAUUUGAAUCCACAUAUUGCUGUGAGCGAUAGUCAAGGACGGAUAUCUCGAUUUACAUGGCAUGAAACUAAUAAUCUGAUAAAAGACUUUACAUUACACGCGCACGAGUUCCAGGCGUGGAUAGUGGCCUUUGAUUAUCGCAACGAUAAUAUUUUUUAUUCCGGAGGUGAUGACACCAAGUUUUUAACUUUUGACAUCAGGACAGGAUCUACUCCCAUAAUGUGUAAUAGUGAGCACACUUCUGGUGUCACCAGCAUUCACAGUAACAUUGUUAAACCAUUCAUGCUUGCAACUGGAAGUUACGAUGAGAUUCUAAGAUUGUGGGACAAGAGAAACUUGAAACGACCAGUAUCCAAAACUAAUCUCAAAGGUGGAAUUUGGCGUUUGAAAUGGGAUCCAUUUAUGCAUCAAUAUUUAUUCGCCGCAUGUAUGUAUGAAGGUUUUAAAAUUGUUGAUUGUAGUUAUGACCCGGCUAUCAUUGGCUAUUACAAUAAGCAUUGCGGUAUAUCCUAUGGUUGCGAUUGGUCAUUCUUGAAGGAGGAAGAUGUUUCUCAUUUAAAAAUACCUGUUGGAAAGACUUUGGUAAGUACUUGCUCCUACCAAGAUUGUGCCCUCAAAUUAUCCGCAAUUAAUUUUAAGAUUUACGAACCCGAUUCAUAAUGCGAAUAAAAUAAAGCUUAUAUUUUUUUAAGCUUUGUUAAGUGUAUGUGUAUAUGUGUAUAUAUAUAUAUAUAUAAAAUAAAAAUGUGCAUAAAAAUA